AUGGGCCUCUUCCGCCGCUCGACCCAGUCCGAGGAGGACGUCGACGCGGCCGUCGAUGUGGCCGUCGAGGAGCGUCGUCAGAAGCCCUUUCUCGAGGCCGCCUUGCCCGUCUUCGCCUGCGGCGCCGGACUCUUCUCCGAUGGCUACAUCAACAACGUCAUCGGCUCCGUCAACACCGUUCUCAAGUUGCAGUACCGUGAGAUAUACACAAACUCUGAGGCGGCCAAGUAUGUAGCCGGCAUCGCCUUUGCCGGCACCGUCAUCGGCCAGGUUGUCUUCGGCUUCACCUCGGACCGCUGGUCGCGCAACAACUCGCUCGUGCUCUCCACCGUCAUCCUCAUCAUCUUCACCGCCCUCGCCACGGGCUCCUACUUCCAGGGUGACGCCGUCGGCAUGUUCAACAUGUUGGCCGCCUGGCGCUUCUUUGUCGGCAUCGGCAUCGGUGGCGAGUAUCCUGCCGGAAGCGUCGGCUGCGCCGAGUCGACCGGAGACCUUAAGAAGGGCACCCGCAACCGCUGGUUCAUUCUUUUCACCAACACCAUGAUCGACUUGGGCUUCGUAUUUGGCGCCUUCAUUCCUUAUGUCAUCGCCGCCGCGACCCACGACACAAACUACAGCGUCAUCUGGCGCACGUCGCUCGGCAUCGGCGUCAUCUUCCCCCUGUCGCUAUUCAUCAUGCGCCUGCGCCUCCGGGAGCCCGAAGGCUUCACCAGGGAGGCCAUGACCAAGCAGACGCCGUACUGGCUCGUCCUCAAAUUCUACUGGCCACGCUUGCUCUGCGUCAGCCUCAUCUGGUUCCUCUACAACUUCAGCUCGUACGCCUUCGGCAUCUAUUCGUCGUCCAUCCUCAGCGGCAUCUACGGCGACGACGCCCCCCUCACCACCGUCUUCGGCUGGAACACGGUGAUCAACAUCUUUUACCUGCCCGGCACCCUCAUCGGCGCUUUCGUCAGCGACUGGAUCGGCCCCAAGUACACCCUCGUCCUCGGUGUCACCUCCCAGGCCCUCGUGGGUUACAUCCUGGCCGGCGUGUACGACAAGAUCGAGCUGCACAUCGCCGCAUUCGCCAUCGUCUACGGCAUCUUCAUGUCUCUUGGCGAGCUCGGGCCCGGUAACAACAUUGGUCUCCUCGCCGCCAAGACGUGCGCGACGGGCGUUCGCGGUCGCUAUUACGGCAUCGCCGCGGCCGUCGGUAAGAUCGGCGCCUUCAUCGGCACCUUGGUCUUUCCCUACAUUCAAAAGGCCGGUGGAAACAAGACGCAGUCGGCCCAGUAUCCUUUCUGGGUCGCAUCCAGUCUCGCCCUCCUCUCGGCCCUCAUCGCUUUCCUCUUCAUCCCCAACAUCUGUCAGGACACCAUCACGCUCGAGGACCGACGAUUCCGCGAGUACCUCGAGAGCCAGGGCUGGGACACGACCCAGCUGGGCAAGCGCAGCGAUAAGGACCAGCCGCGCGAUGCCGAGCAGGCCGAACAAAUAGAGCAAGUAGAGCAGCAGCAGGUGAUGGAUAAGGCGACGAUGGGUUGA